AUGGACAUCGGCGGCCUGGAGACGGUGGUGGCCAACUCAGCCUACGUGUCGGCCCGGGGCAGCGCGGACGCCAGCGCCGCCUCCACCUUGCGGGACAAGAAGAUGCGAGCCAAGCUGAAGCUGCCCCACAUCACGCAGUGCGAGCCCCUGCGGACCCAGCUGGACCUGGACUUCCAGAGCAUCUGCCUCCGGCAGCCCAUCGGGAAGCGGCUCUUCCAGCAGUUCCUGGAGGAGCAGGAGGCCUUUGCGGCGGCCGGCGGGCUCUGGAAGAGCGUGGAGGACUACGCCGGCGAGGAGAGCGAGAGGCCCCAGAAGGCCCAGAAGACCGUCAACCGGUUCUUCGACUCGGCCUCCAAGACCUUCUGCGCCUUCCUGGAGGAGAAGGCCGUCAUGAGGGUCAAGGAGGACGCCAAGCACGGGCGGGCGGAUCUCUUCCAGGAGACCGAGCGGCAGCUCCUCAAGCACCUGGAAGAGCGGGCUUUGGCCAAGUACAAGGAUAGCUUGUUCUUCUCCCGCUUCCUGCAGUUCAAGUGGCUGGAGGGGCAGAGCGUGAGCGAGGAGUGGUUCCUGGACUUCCGGGUGCUGGGCAAAGGCGGGUUUGGCGAGGUCUGCGCCUGCCAGAUGAAGGCCACUGGCAAGAUGUACGCCAACAAGAAACUCAACAAGAAACGGCUCAAGAAACGCAAUGGAUACGAGGGGGCCAUUGUGGAGAAGCGGAUCCUGGCCAAGGUGCACAGCCGGUUCAUCGUUACACUGGCCUACGCCUUCCAGACCAAACUGGACCUGUGUCUGGUCAUGACCCUCAUGAACGGCGGAGACCUCAGGUACCGCGUCUCCGUGUCACCCCCCCGCGCCCGUCCCAGGUAUCGUGUCUCCGCGCCAUCCCCCCUCCGCCCGCCCCGGGUACUGCGUCUCCGUGUCACCCCCCACUCCACCCGUCCCGGGUACCGCAUCUCCGUCUCACCUUCCCCUUCCGCCCGCCCCGGGUACCGCGUCUCCACCUCGCCUCCCCCUCCUCCCGUCCCAG